GACCGCAUUUUCCGACACAACAAUACAACAGCGCCGUAUCGGUCUCCAUCCUCCGACCCGCUUCCCUGUCGCUGCUGUCGGUAUGGCGGACGGAGAGCGGUCCCCGUUACUGUCAGACCUGGGAGACGGUGCUCUCGGUAGCGGUAACGGCGGCGUGUCUCCCGGCGCGGCGCCUUACGGAGUCCCCAACAAACCACAGAGCUUUCCUCCAUUCCCCAGCCCCACCCAGCCCUCAGUGCUGUUAGGGGAGGACCCGCCGCCGUACUCCCCUCUCACCUCCCCGGAGAGCGGCAGCGCCCCCGUGAUCAGCUGCAGGGUGUGUCAGAGCCUCAUCUCCGUGGAGGGCAAGAUCCACCAACAUGUGGUCAAGUGUGGCGUCUGCAACGAAGCUACGCCCAUUAAGAACGCCCCAGCGGGGAAGAAGUAUGUCCGCUGCCCGUGCAACUGUCUGCUCAUCUGCAAAGUCACUUCCCAGAGGAUCGCCUGUCCCCGACCAUAUUGUAAGAGGAUAAUCAAUCUGGGUCCAGUUCAUCCUGGUCCAGCCAGUCCUGACCCCCAGCCAGCUGGGGCCCGGGUCUCCUGUGGACACUGCAGCAACACCUUCCUGUGGACAGAGUUCACAGACCGGACACUGGCCAGGUGCCCCCACUGCAGGAAAGUUUCCUCUAUUGGUCAGAGGUAUCCCCGGAGGCGGAGCUUGUGGUGUUUUCUACUCUGCUUGCUGUUUAGCGUCUCUACCGCUGGGCUGAUGGCUGGAACGUGGGUGAAGGCGCAGACCUACCCGGGGAUCUACGCCUCUUGGGCUGUGCUGCUGCUCCUGGUUCUUGUCACCUUGGGUCGGGCCUUUUACUGGACCUGCAUGAGGGUCAGCCAGCCCCUCCAGAACUUCACAUAGAGACACCUCCAGACUGGUGGGACCCUCGUACCAGGAUACCGUGGAGGAGGAAUGGUGGCUC